AUAUAAUAACAAUGGAGCUAAAGUUUCAAAUCGGAGAAACAAAUCGAGAGAACACGAAGACGAUUCAGUUAGAAAAGUUUGAUGCUUUAGUUUUCAGAAUCGGAGAAAGAAAAAGAAAAUGAGUGCUGUUGCGAUAAACCACUUGUUCGGCUUCCCGGAGACGAUCGAGAAGCUGAUUCUCCCGAUCGCUCGUUCCGGCGAAGGUAACAAUACCGAGUCUCGUGGAGGAGGAAAUAACAAUAUCCCAAUCGACAUUUUGGAAUCUUCCAAAGAAUACAUAUUUUAUCUCGACAUCCCCGGAAUCUCAAAAUCCGAUAUCCAGGUGACUGUGGAGGAAGAGAGGACAUUGGUGAUAAAGAGUAAUGGGAAGAGGAAGAGAGAUGAUGGUGAUGAGAGUGAAGAAGGUUCUAAGUACAUCAGACUCGAGAGGAGGCUUGCUCAGAAUCUUGUUAAGAAGUUCCGGUUACCGGAAGAUGCUGACGUGUCUGCCGUUACGGCUAAAUAUCAAGAUGGGGUUUUGACUGUCACCGUUGGCAAGUUACCGCCGCAGCCGCCUAAGCCUAAGACUGUCCAAAUCGCUGUUUCUUGAGUAUGGUUUCCUUCUUCGUGUUUUUUUUUUUGUGUCCUAUCUAGUUUGUAGUUUGUUGUUUUUUUGGAUCUGUAAGGACUCUGUUCUGUCUCAUGUUUUCUGGUCCAUGUCCACAACCACAAGUUUGGAUCUAUCUUUUAAGGAUUCUUGUUCCUUUUGUAAAGCGGUUGUUUCAAUAAAUUAGAUGUUUCAGUUUC